AUGGCACCAUCGAGAAACCAGGCAAGGACCCCUGAGCCCCCUGCCCACGAUCAGCUAACCCAAAAUCUACAACAGUUAACUCAGGUCGGCCAGGCACUGAGCAAUGCCAUCCUUAACAAUAACAACCGACCACCCUCGAACGGGAACCAUGAUGUGGCUCGCCAAGUGUCAAACCAUCGCCCACCUAUUUUCGCGGGAGAAGAAGAUCCUACGACGCUCGAGGAAUGGAUCCGAACGUUUGACAAAAUCUUCGAGGUAGUGGAAUGCCCAGAGGAACGCCGCGUCGAGCUGGCGUCGUUCUACUUUGGACAUAAGGCCAAUCUAUGGUGGGUUCACGAAGGACCUACUUGUAGACAAGAACCUGGUUUCAACUGGGAAACCUUAAAAAUCAGAUUACGGGAACGCUUUUACCCCGCACACGUAAGAGCAGCCACGUACGAGGAGUUCCUCCACCUGAAACAUGGAAUCGCUACGGUGGUGGAAUACCACAAGCGAUUCCUAGAAUUGGCCCGUUUCGCACCUGAAUUGGUGCCUAUGGAGACAACUAAGGUAGAGAAAUUCAUUGCGGGUCUCAACUUCGAGGCCCGGAAGUUCUUAACCGUAAGCAAACCAAGAACCCUCAACGAAGCCUAUGCUAGUGCCGCCGACCUUUACCGGAUUCAACUACUACAACGGGGAGUCUAG